GACUCGUGCAUAGUAGCAGCAGCAGGAGCAGCAGCAGCAUCCCUUCUGCUGUCCCACGCCUCAGCCCGCCCAAGAGUCCACCAGGCCAUGGAUGCAGUGGCUGUGUAUCAUGGCAAAAUCAGCCGGGAGACAGGGGAGAAACUCCUGCUUGCCACCGGUCUAGAUGGCAGCUAUUUGCUGAGGGACAGCGAAAGUGUCCCAGGCGUGUACUGCCUGUGUGUGCUGUAUCAAGGUUACAUUUAUACAUACCGAGUGUCCCAGACAGACACAGGUUCUUGGAGUGCUGAGACAGCACCCGGGGUACAUAAAAGAUUUUUCCGGAAAAUAAAAAAUCUCAUUUCAGCAUUUCAAAAGCCAGAUCAAGGUAUUGUAAUACCUCUGCAGUAUCCAGUUGAGAAGUCCUCAGCUAGAAGUACACAAGGUACUACAGGGAGAAGAGAAGAUCCUGAUGUCUUCCUGAAAGCACCGUGAAAAAAAAAAUAAAACACCUUGUACUUUAUGUUCAAUAAUUUAAAUACAUGCUAAGUCUUAUAUAUUGUAGAUAAUACAGUUCAAUGAGCUACAAAUGCAUUUCUAAAACAAUCAUAGUUCUGUGAUGGAAGCAUCUAGUAUGAUGUAAAAGCUGAAAUGGACUUUGCAGAUAAUGAGGAACAGGAAAAAAUAAUUCCACAAGUUAUUUUCAGUUAUAUAUUUACAAAUGGGAAAUGGUUUAAAACAUAGUGAUGCUUUAUAAAAGAUUAAUGUUAAUUUUUGUCAAAUAUAAAUAAAAACAAUCCUCAGUUUUUCUCAAAAGCACCACUUUUAGUGAAACAUUUGACAGCACUGAUUUUUAAACGUCUUAUAUGGCGGAUAGCUGGUUCGUGUUGCUCACGUUUGUCAUGUGUGAUUCUACAUUAGACAUUCUGCUCUCCACUAGCUAUGGUGUUGUAGGCUGUUUUGGGAUUUGUGAAGCUGUCCACUGUGUGCUAAAACAGGUACUAGAUAAAGACUGAAUAAUUUCUGUUUAAUUCUGAAAGCAACCUUCUUGCCAUUGUUCUGAUGUUGGAGAGUAAAAUCCACAGACCAAUCUGGAGUCUGUGGAUUUAUUAAAUUAAAAAUCCCAUAAUUUAAAAUAUGUUAUAAAUAUUUAUUGCAGUUGAUGCUACAGGAUUUGAAAUUAUAUUGUGAAUCUGAUGAAGUGGACUUGACUUCUCAUUUACUUCUGUCUGCCCCAAUUUUUGCUACUCAAGUAAAAACCUCAUUUUGAAAGGGAAGCUUCAGCAACUGUAGCUCUUCAGCUGUGGCUCAGGAGUAGCUGAUUUAUGAGCAGUCUCUCUAUUAGGUAGCCCUACAGACCACUGGAAGGAAAGCUUAUGGUUACAUAAAUUUUUAACAACUCUAAGUGAUUGCAACCUAAGUGUGAACCAAGAUUUUACACAAUGAUGCAGAUUUGUAUUUUCUUCUCACAUUUUAUGUUUUCAUGACUCUUGUGAUUUGAUUAUAUGUCAAGUUGCUUCAGGGCUCAUAGAAUUCAUUCACUCAACACACACAAUAGGCAUUGGGUUAGAAAAUUAAAAAUACACCUGGUCCCUGUGUUCAAGCAGCUCACUACUAGUUGGACAAGAAAAUAGUAACAAUAAAAGACAGAAAAAAGUAACAAGAUAAGAAAAUAACAAUAGAGGGUGAUAAGUACAUGGUAGGGUGGCAGGUGAGGUUCUCAAUGUAUAGGCACAUCUGUCUUUAGAGGCAGCGUGAGUCAACACAAAUGCUCUGGUCCAUGGUUCAGAGGAAAAGGCUGUUUUAUUGUAAACUAAUAACUUGGAAUUCUGGGUUGUACAUGAGUGGUGGUGAGCUUGGUAAAUAAUUAGCGAACUGCCAAGAGACAGAGCUACUCUCCAUGUGCUGGCAAGAUGUGACUUCUAAACAUUUAACAUGGAUGCUAUGGAAGUGCAAUAAUGUAUUGUGGGCUGGUUACCAUUUCUAGAAGUAAAAGGAUCACUUUAACUUGUAAAGGAAUUCAGAAAGUUGACAUUUAAAAUAAAAUAUAUAAGUUUAGAUUUUUUAAAUUAUUUGUAGCUUGGGUUUAAAUUUUAAUAGAUGUAACUACUAUUUUUACACCAAUUUUUUUUAAUCUGGAACAAUCCUAAACAUAUGAAUUAUGUUUGCCUGUUCCUAUA